AUGAGUGGUGAUAAAAUGCAGCAAACGGAAGCAAAUAAUACCGCUGCCGCAACUAAAGAGGUGAAGGAACCUCCACCACGAAUAGAACCAUUUAUUGAACCUGUAAACGGAAUAGUUCAGCCGCCUGUAGUACCUCCACCAGAUCGCCCUGGUCGGUUGACAAAUCAGUUAGCUUUUAUUCAGAAAAAUGUUAUCAAAGCAGUUUGUGCACAUAAAUAUGCUUGGCCUCUUCUUGAGCCCGUCGAUGCAAAGAAACUCAAUUUACCAGAUUAUCAUAGAAUAAUUAAACAACCUAUGGAUUUAACAACAAUUAAAAAAAGAUUGGAAAAUAAUUAUUAUUGGAAUGCGAAGGAGUGCAUACAAGACUUCAAUACAAUGUUUACUAACUGUUAUGUUUAUAAUCAGCCACAGGAAGACGUGGUAGUAAUGGCUCAGAUAGUUGAAAAAUUGUUUUUGACUAAGAUCUCGACAUUGCCAAAGGAGGAAAUAGAGUUGGAGCCAGUGCCACCUAAGGGAAAAGGAACAAAAAAAAGACCUGGAGCUGGGGGUGCUAGUGGAACUGCAGCGGCUAACGCUGGAAAUCGAGGCCGACCAGCUACUAUAGUUAGUAGUAGUGUUCCUGGGCCUCCAACUCCAAUCACUCCUCCAGGUUCGACAGCAACAACUACUAUUACUCAUAAUUCGUUACCUAAACAGGUGGCCACACCUCCUGCAAGCGGUUACCACGCUCAACCAGCCGUUUCGGUAUCCACUAUUGGAGAGCCAUCUGUUGUAGUGUCUCAGUCCCCUAUGUUGCCUCGGCAAGCUCCUGCAAAGGUAAAAAAGGGAGUUAAAAGAAAGGCUGAUACUACAACUCCCACAGCAAGUGCUUUGGAUCCUUUGUACACACCAGUAGAAAAUAAAGCAGCUAAAAUACCUACAAGAAGAGAAUCGGGGCGACAAAUCAAGAAACCUAGGUCAUCGGAUGAUGGUUUGGGUUUCGCAGCAGCAGUUCCUAUUGGCCUUCCACCCUCGGGCCCUACUUCUGGGUCUUCAAAAGAAAAACUUUCAGAGUCGCUCAAGUCUUGUAAUGAAAUUCUUAAAGAGUUGUUUUCUAGAAAACAUGCAGGUUAUGCUUGGCCGUUUUAUAAACCAGUCGAUGCAGAACUGUUGGGACUUCAUGAUUAUCACGAAAUAAUCAAAAAGCCCAUGGACCUUGGAACAGUUAAGACAAAAAUGGACAACAGACAAUAUAGGACAGCAUCAGAAUUUGCUGCUGAUGUCAGACUUAUUUUUACAAAUUGUUAUAAGUACAAUCCAUCUACCCAUGACGUCGUCGCCAUGGCUAGAAAAUUGCAAGACGUCUUUGAAAUGAGAUACGCAAAAAUACCUGAUGACCCAGUUAGCUCAUUAAAUUUGGAAAAGCAUUCCUCAAGCGGAUCAAGCGAAAGUAGUUCUGAGUCUUCGUGUGACGAAGAAGAUUCGGAUCGAGAGAGAGCUAGAAAAUUAGUUUUACUGCAAGAACAGUUAAAAGCUAUGCAAGAGCAAAUGAGAAAAUUAGUAGAAGAAAGUCAUAAUAAAAAGUCUAAGAAAAAUAAGAAAAAGGAAUUUUCGGAUGGAUCAAGAGCAACGCCUUUGCAAGCCAAAAAGAAAAAACCCUCCGGAGAGGUAAAGCCUGUCUUAACGGAUUCCAUUUCGGCUAGUAUUUCUAACGUAGUUUCUGGUGCUGGAGGAAAUGAGUUGAAGCCUAUUCCGGGAGAAGUUAAAUCUGUUCCGGUAUCCGGCGUUCCACCCAAACCAAAAAAUAAGCCAACUGCCAAACCGAAAACGCCAACCGGAACGGGAGCUCCUAAAAAACCAAAAACUAAUGCGAAAACAGGUCCGGGAAGAAAGAAAAAUGCCAACUUGGCGGCAUCAUCUGCUUUCGAUAGCGAAGAUGAGGAUAACGCGAGGCCCAUGUCGUACGACGAAAAGAGGCAACUUAGUCUCGACAUUAACAAAUUGCCAGGAGACAAGUUGGGACGAGUGGUUCAUAUAAUUCAAUCGCGGGAACCAUCGCUGCGAGAUUCAAAUCCGGACGAAAUAGAAAUCGAUUUCGAAACGUUAAAGCCAUCAACACUCAGAGAAUUAGAAGCAUACGUAGCAUCUUGUCUCAGGAAAAAGCCACGUAAGCCCUACUCAUAUAAAAAGCCGUCUGGAAAAUCUAAAGAUGAACAAAUGGCAGAAAAGAAAUUGGAAUUAGAAAAAAGACUUCAGGACGUAUCCGGACAGUUAGCCUCACCGCGAAAAACGGCGAAAAAAGUUGGUUCUAAAGGAGAUUCUGUCGGAGGUCAAUCUAGGUUGUCAUCAAGUUCUAGCUCUAGUGAUUCUGAUUCUUCGAGUUCGAGUUUAUCGAGUAGUUCUAGCGAUUCAAGUGACUCGGAAGCAGGUUAG